UUUUGCGACAGUGCCGCCCGGAGGUGCCGCUUCAUUUACGGCAGACAACCUCGUUUCCGGCGGCGCGGGCGGUUUCCCGGUGACGGCGACGCGCACGUGGAGGAGGUAGCAGAGAAUGUCUUUUCGUGGAAGAGGAGGUGGAGGAGGAAGAGGAGGUGGCUUCAAUCGUGGAGGAGGUGGUGGUGACAGAGGUGGCUUUAAUCGUGGUGGACGAGGUGGCUUUGGACGGGGAGGUGGACGAGGAGGCUUCAACAGAGGCGGAUAUGACCAGGGCCCCCCGGAAAGGGUAGUUUUGUUGGGAGAGUUCUUGCACCCGUGUGAGGAUGACCUUGUUUGUAAAUGUAAAACAGAAGAAAACAAGGUGCCUUAUUUCAAUGCCCCGGUGUACUUGGAUAACAAGGAACAGAUCGGCAAAGUGGAUGAGAUCUUCGGGCAGCUGAGAGAUUUUUAUUUUUCAGUGAAACUGUCUGACAACAUGAAAGCCUCUUCAUUUAAAAAGAUGCAAAAGUUCUACAUCGAUCCAGCAAAGCUGCUGCCCCUUCAGAGAUUUUUGCCAAGGCCACCUGGAGAAAAAGGUGCUCCCCGUGGAGGCGGUAGAGGAGGACGUGGUGGUGGACGUGGAGGAGGAAGAGGUGGUGGGAGAGGAGGAUUUGGCGGAGGAAGAGGUGGAGGAAGAGGAGGAGGCUUCAGAGGAGGAAGAGGGGGUGGAUUCAGAGGAGGAAGAGGUGGUGGAGGAGGCUUUCGGGGAAGAGGACAUUAAACACAGAGCCACCAGUAUCUCCCAGCUGGUUUACCUUGUCUACAGAAGUGAAGAAUAAUGACAUUUUUCAUAAAGGACCCUUAAAAAGUUCUUUUUAUGAAGAACUUGAGUCUGUAAGAUGGCAAUUUCUUUUUACACUCAGUGGCUGUUGAUCAACACAUGAGGAACGGGUAGCCCCAGGUGAAGAACUAAGACUGCCCGGACUAUACUUGAAUUUUUUAAACUAAGCCAGGAUUAAUCUUAAACUUUUUGUUUUGGACAAAGGACAUAGUAAAUGCUUUACUUCAGUUGGAGUCUGGAGUAAACAAUGGAAAAGUUGUCAGUAUGAACUCAGAUCUGUGUGUGACUUAUCCCUAGUCCUCAUUAUCUUUUGAUACUGAAUCUUCUGGCUUGCUCUCAAGUGGACAUACUGUUUUAACAACCCUUUUAAACUUUUUUUGCUACAAACAACUUAAUUUUGUGUUGAUAGAGUUCUACUGGUUUUUUUUUAUACAUACCAUAUCAUAGGAAGAUAGCAAAGAUAUUUUGUGGAUUUUUCUGUACAAAUCUCAAUGAAAGCCAAAGGCUUUUUCCCCCUCUACUUUUCUAAAUUAUUUAUUUCCUUUAGAAAAGUAGAGCCAACAAAAGACAUGUUCUUAAAAGCUGCUCUCUAAUGGAUAGGACAAGGUUAAUUCUUAAAGUCACCUAAUUGUAUCUAAUUACACUGAUACUAACAUUAUUAAGGGUUUUUAACUGCCCCACCCUCCCCCAUAGCCUGCUUCUGUUGAGGGUUGUUGAAAAGCUAGGAGCUGCCUUUUUCUUAAGGAUGGAGGAGGUCAGGGUGCAUCUCCAGAACAUGUUCUUAACUUUGGAAAUAAAAUAAGAAUAGAAAAGUAGA